AUGCAACCCCAUGCCAGUAGUUGUGUUGUGCACCACGUUGCUCAUGAAUUUGGCAAAGGAUCUGACUUGCUUUUUCCAAUGAAUUUUUGUCGUGUCAUAAACGCUCGAGCUUGCAAAAAACGCCAGAAAAUACAGCCAAAGGUCUAAAGAUACACAAUUCUAUGUGCUUGUGAUGUGAUAAAACCCCUCUGAAACCAAAUAGUGCCCGUCUUCGUAAUCCUCCCAAGUACUGUAUAAAAUAGCUGCAUCAUUUUUCAUUGUGAAGAAUGCAAGAAGAACAUGUUUGUAAGUAUGGUGUCCUUUAACGCCGAGCCAAGAAAGACGAUGCGCUGAUGUAUUCGAUAGAGUAAAAAGCAUGCGAGUCGCGCUCAUGUCGCGUGCGUCUCCAUCAUGCUCAGCAUCAGUCGGAAGCUUGCUGUUUCUACCCCGAAGCUAGAGUCACAACUACUCAAUACCUCUAGGUCAACAAGUUACUUUCGACGAAAUUUUCUAUCAUCGCAACAACACUUAUUUCUAUGUCGAUUUGCAACUGCUCCAUAUCCACAAUCUCUUUGCCCUUCACAACAAACGAGCACACGCAAUACUUCUUCUAUUGCUCCUUCUUCACAACUCAGCGACCUGCUACUUCACCUCCCUUUAUCCAAUAGUACAAGCAGAAAGCAAAUUAGAAGUACUACUUCUUCUUCCUUUCUUUCCUCAAAUUUAUUUACGAACCCAGAUUUAUUUCACAAAAGUGAUCUGAGCUUCUCAAACCUACUAGCGCGCACCUCUACAACACGCACCAUGGGAUCCGUCGCCAAGCCGGACAAGAAGGAGGAGGCGGUGACCUUCUACCGCAAGGACUAUAAGCCUCCGAAUUUCUGGGUGCCGAACGUCGCCCUGACGGUAAAGCUGUUCGGUCCGGAAAAGACCGUCGUCGAGGCGGUUCUCAGUUUGGAGAGGAACUUGGGCGGCGGGAACAAGCGUCCCUCGCCGUUGGUGCUGGACUGCGAUGCCAUGCUGGACGUGAAGGAAAUUUCGGUGCUGCAAGAAGACAAUGGGGAAACGGUCAUUCUGUCCCCGAGCGUGGACUACGCGUUCUCCGGGUCCGGAGACGAGCGGAAACUGGAAAUUCUGGAGGACCGGCUGCUGAAGACGGAGGCGCAGACGUCGACGAAGCUGAAGACCGUCGUGGAGUUCAACCCGGACGCGAACAAAACCUGCAUGGGGUUGUACUUGACGCAACUCGCCGACAAGUCUUAUCUCCAUUGCACCCAGAUGGAGGCCGAGGGGUUCCGGAAAUUUUCGCCCUUCCUCGAUCGGCCGGACGUGAUGAGCAAGUACACGGUGCGGAUCGAGGCGGACAAGGAGGCCUGCCCGGUCUUGCUGUCGAACGGGAAUCUGGUCGAAGAGGGAACUUUGCCCACCGACAAAACCCGCCACUACGCCGUCUACGAAGAUCCGCACAAGAAACCCGCCUACCUGUUCGCCCUGGUCGCGGGCCGCCUGGCGUACAUCGAGGACAAGUUUACCACCCAGGGAAAGUUUGUGUCCUCCGGGAACUUCAAGCCCCGAACGGUGACGCUGCGGGUGUACGCGGAGGACAGCGUGAAGCACCUGCUGCGGCACAGUUUGGACAGCCUGAUCAAGGCCAUGAAGUUCGACGAGGACAUGUUCGAACUCGAAUACGACCUGGACAUCUUCAACAUCGUCUCCGUGAAGGACUUCAACAUGGGCGCCAUGGAGAACAAGUCGCUAAACGUGUUCAACGAGAAGCUGAUCCUCGCCUCGCCUACAGAGGCGUCCGACGCGGACUACGAGCGCAUCGAGUCCGUGGUCGCGCACGAGUACUUCCACAAUUGGACGGGCAACCGCGUCACGUGCCGGUCCUGGUUUGAGCUCACGCUCAAGGAGGGGCUCACCGUGUUUCGGGACCAGACGUUCUCCACCCACGUGGGGCUGAUGAAGGACACGAAGCGCAUCGACCAGGUGCAAGACAUGCUGGAGAUGCAGUUCGUGGAGGACAGCGGGCCGCUGUCGCACCCCAUCCGCCCGGAGAGCUACGAGAAGAUCGACAACUUUUACACCGCCACGGUGUACGAAAAGGGCGCGGAGGUGAUUCGCAUGUACUGGACGAUUCUGGGCGAGGAGGGCUUCAAGCGGGGCAUGAAGAAGUACUUCGAGCUCUUCGACGGCACCGCGGCCACCUGCGACGACUUCCUGCACAGCAUGAAGCUGGGCGGCAAGGAGCUCGGCAAGGAGAUCGACUGGGACCUCUUUUCCAAGUGGCUCAGCACCAAGGGCACGCCGGAGGUCAAGGUCCAGAAGUGCCGCGAGCGCUCGACCGGGAGCCGGUUCGAGCUGGAGUUCACGCAGGGCCCGGUGAAAACCGUCGGGACGGCCGCCGCAGUCACGGAAAUUUUGCACAUCCCGGUGUCGUUCGCGUUGCUGCACGCGAAGACGGGCAAGCAGAUCUACCCCGCCGGGGACGCGAACUUGGAGGUGUUUCACCUCACGGACAAAACCGGCUCGGUGGUCGUUGAGGUACUUAUGACUUAUUAUGCCGUGUUGGAACACAGUCUUUCUUAUUCUUUUUCGAUUUGUAGCUCGUAUCGAUUCCGUUGAGGUGUACCUCCGGUACGAGUGUCGUUUUUGAUUUUAGUUAGGAAUAUUCGCCCACAUCAGGCAAUAUUCCUGCCUUGCUCGUGCGCAUACGUACGUAGAUCUCUUGGCUUGCCUUGAGGUUUAGGGUCGGAGCGCUCUCAGCACUGCUGAAGCUUUAGAACCAGAUGGGAGUGCACGCCCGGACGGAUCAGAGCACAAGGCUUACUAGCGCUUUUUGAAAGUAGAUUUUACCUUGCCUUCCUCUUGUUUGCCUUUUGUUUUUCCCUGGGCCCUACUGGCACCAAGCAGUAAUUUUUUGGGAUUGGGGCGCGACACCUUCCGGUGUCGUAUUAUCUUUUUCGGGUUGGGUAUAUUCACAUAGUAUUUUUAGGUUCAGAACAUGCGUUUUGCGCGCUUUCUCUGAUCAGGCCGUCCUACGCCCCUCCGCCACAUCUUCUUCCCUACGAUCUACGUCCUGUUUCCGCCCCUGUCCGACACCAGCGUCGAUAGGGUUUUGAGGGUCUUAGGGUUUAGGAUAUUUGAUCUUAUUCUUUUUGUUUCUUUAUCGGCUUCUUGGCACGUCUUUUCCGGUGGAGAUUCAUUCAUGGUUGGAAGUUCCGGCACGAUAAGUAGCGAAAAAAGACCUUAAUCUUAAAGCAAGAGUGUGCAUAUCAAGCACUAACACACAGCUCCCCCCCGGCGUUGAGUUUGAUGAUGUGGUGCCGUCUUUGAAUCGUGGUUUCGGCGCGCCCAUCAAGCUCUACUACGAUUACACGGUGAAGGAGUUGUCCUCCCUGGCGGCGUUCGACACGGACAUGUACUGCAAGUACAACGCGUUCGACGCACUCUGCACCAAAGUCAUCUACGACGUGUACGAGAACAGCCAGGGGAAGGCAGCCUAUCUGGACGAGAAAAACAAAAGCAGCGUCACGGAGAAACUUGACUACCUGCUCCAGUCGAUAAAAUUUUUGCUGGACGACAAAUCCUCUUCCGCGCUGGCGCUCGGGAAGACACUGGCAUUGCCGGAUGUGAGCGGACUCAUGGUGGGCUACGGGUCGAAGGUGGAUCCGAUAUGCAUUGCAAAUAUGUCUGGGUCUCGAAGGAUGCAACUUGUGAUGCUAUUUUUGGAUUCUAAAAAAAGAUGUGUUGCAUGACAAGCAAUAGGAGUCAGGUUUUUGCCACGUGGAGAGGACAUUUCUCAUGCAGGAUAGGCAUCAAGAAGUCCUCAGAAAAUCUGUCAUGCUAGGGCCUGCAUCACAAACAUCACGGCUCAUGCUAAACGUGCAUGCCAACUCUCAGAAUCUUCCAGACCCAGACACUUUUGCAUUUCAUAUCCAAUCCUGCUGGACAAAAGCGUCGAGCUGGUGCGGGAAAAGAUCGUGCAGAAAUUGGGAAAGGAGAUUAAGCAAAGGUAUAAUGCAGAAAUACUUGAUUCUUGAUCUCGAAUAGCUGUAAGUUGCACUUGGCAGCAUCCAUUCUGUACAGCUUGUACUUCUCGGAAUGUUUUUGUAUCGCAACACGAGCACUUGCAGUGGUAGUGCAUCUUCUAUGCAUUUUUGUCUACUGCACCACAGAGCGGCCACAUGGAAAGAAAAAUCUUGCGAAUGCGAAGUAAGUACUUACUUACCUAGCAGAGUAACAAAGCGAAGAAAAUUCGCGUUCCUAUAUUCAUGAUUCUUUCAUUGGAUUUUGCAAUAAAACCUCUGCUCCCUACCAGGUAUCAAGCCACGCUGAAGGCCACAACGACAAGCGGCUUCUCGCUUUCCCAGGAGGCGAUCGGAAGCCGAUUGCUGAAGAACGCGCUGCUUGGUCUUUUGCAAGACCCAGAGCUGGCGGAGAAGCAGUACUUCGCUGCGCAGACCAUGACGGAGCGCGUUGCCGCCUUCCGGGUCCUGGUGGAGCAGAACAAACAGGCCAAGGCACAGGCGGACUUCUUCGAGUUUGCGAAAAAAUCCGGCUCUAUCCUGAGUAAAAACGUACCCACACCAGAGUUGUCAUGCAGAUUUGCAAAGACAGGAAGACUUGUAAUGCGCAUCCCCAUGACAGGCAUUUUCAAUCGUGUUUUGGAAUUUGUGAUGCUGUGAACAGGAUCAGCAGGUCGAUUUGUGAUGCGGCUUUCCUUGCUAAGUUGCACUACCUUACGGACUGAAACUUGUCAUGCGUGACUCACAAAGCUCCUAGGUUUGUGUUGCAAAAUCCUCAUCCUGACUCUGGUGUGGGUACGUUUUUACUCAGGAUAGGCUCCGGUCCAGUGAUGGACAAGUGGUUCGCCUUGCAGGCGGCGUUCUCAAGCAAUUUUGAUCAGGUACGCCAAUUGCAUGCUUAAGCACGGGCAGUUAUUGCAUAAUGUCUCUGUUUAUUCUUGUUGGGCACCUCCACCUCCACUUGGACCUGCUUAGUGAAGUGACUGGAAAAAUAAACUGAAAUGUUUGAUGCAGUUGAAAAACGAAGAUUCAGAUUGUGAUUGAACAACCUAUGCCAUUCCCCAGGUUGCGGCUUUGACGAAGCACCCGGAGUUUACCGUUUCCAAUCCGAACCGAUUUCGGUCAGUGGUCGGCUCGGCGAUUCGAAACAUCAAGCUCUUCCACAGCGAUCAAGGUAGGGAUUUUGUGAAGAAACAGAUCCUCGCGCUGGACAACUACGGCAACGGGCAGGUCGCCGCACGACUCUCGCGGGCGUUUGAGUGCAAGACCAAGAUCACCGAAGAGUUUGCAACGAAGGUGCAGAAAACCAUUACGGAAAUGCUUGCGACAGAAAACCUGAAGAGCGAAACCCGGGAAAUCCUUUCCAAGAUCAGCGCGGCAGCGUGA